UCCGAUGCCUGGCGUGUGUGUGCGUGUGUGCGUGUGUGUGCCUGUGAACUGCAGUAGUCCAGUCGUCUAGCGCGUGCGUCGUCGACGUCGCUUGUCACGCGCGCGAUGUCGUUCUCGUCGAACGAAACCGUCCGGCCGCUGACACUGCAGCGUUCCCACUCGCUGCCCCAGCUGCUGAAUGGGGGGCGCGAAGACUCGGGCGUAGCACUGAGCGCCAGCAGCGGUUCCUGCAGCGGUCUCCACAAUCUCGGCUACGGUUCGUCCGACGUCGUUGGUUACGGUUCUUCGUCGUGCUCGUCGUCGGCGGCGGCGGCAGCGGCGGUGGCAGCCCGCCACCGAAACCACCACCGGCAUCAUCAGUAUCACCCUCACCACUACCUCUCGUCGUCGUCGGCGGCGCCGACGCCGCCGCUGCCUCAUCAUCAUCACCACCAUCAUCAUCAUCAUCAUCAUGGGCGGCAUCACCAUCAUCCGGAGCUGAAGGUACCGUACGGUGCGCGGUUGGUGGCCGAUCUGCGCCAGCUCAUCACGCUCAAGCAGCACUACUACCCGGAGGGUGGCUGGGGCUGGCUGGUCACCUACAUCGGGCUCGUCGUCCACUGUAUCGCCCACGGGCUGCAGCUCUCCGCGGGCGUCUUUCUCCUUCAUACCGUCCCCUUUCUGCCGCAUCGGCCCGUGGCCGCAGGAUGGCUGGGAGCACUAUCGACGGCGGUCGCCCUCUUCAUCUCACCGAUCACGAUAGCGGUGUGCAAGCGGAAGUCAACGCGCCUGACCGCCGUCAUCGGAGGCCUCGUGACGGCCCUCGGCUGUCUCUUCACCUCCUUCGCCUCCCAGUUCCACCAACUGUUCUUCAGCUACGGUGCCGUGGUCGGCAUUGGCGUCGGAAUGACACGCGACUGUUCCACGCUGAUGGUGGCGCAGUACUUCAAGAAGCGCCGCGAGCUGGUCGAGAUUUUCAUCGUGUCGGGCAGCGGGCUCGGUAUCGCCGUCAUGUCCAGCUUCAUCCAGUCGGCGAUCGACGCGAUCGGAUGGCGGCUCGGCCUGCAGGCCGUUACCGGUACCGUCUUCAUCACGUUCAUCCUCGGCACAUGCUACCGAUCGGCUUCGCUCUACCAUCCGCAACGGCGCGCCAUCCUGCACCUGAAGAACCAGAAGCGCAAAAUCAAGGAUAAGAACAAACACGACGAUCGGCCGCCGUUCUUCGACUUUAGCACGCUGCGCAGCAAAACCGUUCGCAUCCUGCUCGCCUCGACCGGCAUCGGUGCGUUCGGUAUCAACACACCGAUCUUCUACCUGGCGCACGAGAUCCAGAAGGAUGGCAUCGGCGAUAAGGUGAUGAUCCUGCAGAUCUACCUAGGGCUCGCCUGGACGCUCGGUUGCUCCGCGUUCGGGCUGCUGGUCGUGCGCAACAGUGUCGAGUGCCGGAUCGCCCGCCAGUACCUCUGCCAAACGGCCAUCUUCAUGUGCGGCGUCUGCAUCCUGGCGCUGACCGCGGUGCAGGGCAACUACCACGGUUACGUGCUGUUCGUCUGGAUCUACGGCAUCUUUUGCGGCGGCUAUCACUACUCGCUGAAGAUGUACACGUACGAGAAGGUGCGGGCGCGCAACUUUGCCCGCGCCUGGGGCUUCGUCCAGUUCUCGCAGGCGAUCCCGAUCGCGCUCGGUGUCCCGCUGUCGGGCUACAUGAACGAGACGAGCGGUUCCGGUACGGCCGGUUAUUACUUCAGCUCCGGCUGUGCCAUCGUCGGCAGCGUUCUGAUGUUCCUGAUCGAUCUGCACCGGCGCUCGGUGUCGCGCCACAAACACACCAGGGCCAACGGUACGCGGCAUCUGUGCGUGUCCGAGAGCUGCCCCCAGCGCCGGAAGCUAUCGUUCUCGCAGGAGCCGGACAACGAACCGGGCAUCAUCACCGGGAACACGGCCAUGAUGAUUGGGCCGGAGCUGCUGAUACCGCCGCUGAGCGACGGCAUCGCGAUCGAGCCGAUCAACGGGCUGGACAAACCGGAGCUGACCUGCAUCUCCGAGGAGGGUAUCGCCGAUAUGGAUCUACCGGAUAAUCUGCUCGAUGAUCUCGACUACGUCGGUGAUUGCAUCACCUCCUGCAACAAGGUGGAGAACUACUUAAUGUUGAGCGAGUUCGAGAACAAUCUGAGCGCCGAGGUGCCGAUCCUGCUGGACAAGCGCGGCCGACGAUUGUCCCUUUCCAAGACGAAAGCCCUAUUGGCCGGACACCUGGCGAUGGGUACCGGUGGUGGAGCCACUGCCGGAGGAGGAGCUAGUGGUAUCGCUCCCCAUUCAACCAAUCCGUCGGCCACAUUGCUCGCCAGUCUCGGGGUAGACGCUAGCCUGUCCGGUCCGUUCCAUCAGCACCAUCCGGAGUGUCCGAUCGAGGGGGGCGACAACACAGUGCAGCGGCAGGGCGAUGGUGCGGGUUGGUGUGAGAAGCAAUCAAUACAAGGCCACCUUCACCCGCAUUAUCAGCUGUAUCAGGCGACGGCUGUACCGGCGGGGGCGACACCACCGUACCAUCACGCCAUCACGGAGCCUCCAAAUGGUGCAGCGGACCAUUCGUCCGGCAAGGAGAUGGUACUCGGUGCCACUGCGAACGGGGGCUGCUCAGCCGAGCAGCACCAUCCACUACCCUCCUCUCAGACUCCUCAGCAGCAGCAGCAACAACAGCAGCAGCACUGCAGACUGAACAGCAAGUGGCGCCCGAGCCAGCAGGUCGGCUUCCUCAACAGCCGCGUGAUAUCUGUGAUCGAUGAAGCCUCCGUCUAGUGCCGUCCGGGCCCCUUCUUGUGCCGUGGCCGGUCAGUCUACGGGGGAACCGCGUGACCGCGUAAGGUUUCCAAUCGCGCUUCGUACGAGAUUUCGAGAGCAUUUCUCAUAGCGAGCCAGCCCACCCAACGAAGCUUCCACGGUUGGCCCCGACAGCACGUAGACAGAGCACGCAGCGGACAGCUCACACAGUAACUGCACUGCCAGCCCUCCCUCCCCCGCCUAGAACCUUUCGUGUUCCCUGGACCGGUUUCGGAUGUUUUGCCAUCUUGUGUUGUGUUGCCAAUUUAUUGUUCCAAUUUUCGAGAUUCUAAAUCUUACAACCGACCGGGGGCACAGCGUGGCUGGCAGCCGUCAGCAGCCAAGCCUCUUGCUCUGCUCUGGUGGAAGCAACCUAGCCGCACAAGCUCUGCACAGAUGGAAUCGAUCAGCGCCGACCGAAUUGACUGUUAGGAUGAUGUUUUGUAAGAUGGAAAAGCAGCACGCACUACUGGGAAAAAAGGGGGGCGGUUGCUGCAUGCCGUGGAAAUGGGGUCGGUGGGUGUCGAGUGGCGAUCGUCCAAAGACUAACGAGAA